CGGCGGCGGCGGCGGCGGCAGAGGCGGCGGCUCCGGCUCCGGCUCGGGCUCCGGCUCCAGCUCGGGUGGCUGUGGCGGGAGUGGGAUCCUGUGGCGGUGGCGGCGGCGGCAGAAGAGGAGCAAAAGCAGCGGCCCCGGCGGCUUGGGGGGACAUGCGGACCGACGGCCCCUGGAUAGGCGGAAUGAGCAGAGGCCCCAGUGCCCUGCCCUCGGUCCUGGUUGUCCAAGAGUGACUGGCGUGAUCAAGCAAAGACCCGGUUGAUUGUCCUGGGCUGUGGCUGGCCUGGAUGGCCCCCCAGCUAGCCCCAGGGAGGACGAUGGUGCCCCUUGUGCCUGCACUCGUGAUGCUUGGUUUGGUGGCAGGUGCCCAUGGCGACAGCAAACCUGUCUUCAUUAAGGUCCCUGAGGACCAGACUGGGCUGUCAGGAGGGGUGGCCUCCUUUGUGUGCCAAGCUGCAGGGGACCCCAAGCCACGCAUCACGUGGAUGAAGAAGGGGAAGAAAGUCAGCUCCCAGCGCUUUGAGGUAAUCGAGUUUGACGAUGGAGCGGGGUCCGUGCUUCGGAUCCAGCCGUUGCGGGUGCAGCGAGAUGAAGCCAUCUAUGAGUGCACAGCCACCAACAGCCUGGGAGAGAUCAACACUAGUGCCAAGCUGUCAGUGCUCGAAGAGGAACAGCUGCCCUCCGGGUUCCCCACCAUCGACAUGGGGCCUCAGCUGAAGGUGGUGGAGAAGGCACGCACAGCCACCAUGUUGUGUGCAGCAGGCGGGAAUCCAGACCCUGAGAUCUCUUGGUUCAAGGACUUCCUCCCUGUGGACCCUGCCACGAGCAAUGGCCGCAUCAAGCAGCUGCGUUCAGGUGCCUUGCAGAUCGAGAGCAGCGAGGAGUCGGACCAAGGCAAGUACGAGUGUGUGGCGACCAACUCCGCAGGCACGCGCUACUCGGCCCCUGCCAACCUGUAUGUGCGAGUGCGCCGUGUGGCUCCUCGUUUCUCCAUCCCCCCCAGCAGCCAGGAGGUGAUGCCCGGCGGCAGCGUGAACCUGACGUGCGUCGCCGUGGGCGCGCCCAUGCCCUACGUGAAGUGGAUGAUGGGGGCUGAGGAGCUCACCAAGGAGGACGAGAUGCCGGUCGGCCGUAACGUGCUGGAGCUCAAUAACGUUGUGCGCUCCGCCAACUACACCUGUGUGGCCAUCUCCUCACUGGGCAUGAUCGAGGCCACGGCCCAAGUCACCGUGAAAGCUCUGCCAAAGCCUCCGAUUGACCUUGUGGUGACAGAGACAACCGCCACCAGCGUCACCCUGACCUGGGACUCUGGAAACUCAGAGCCUGUGUCCUACUACGGCAUCCAGUACCGUCCAGCGGGCAUGGAGGGUCCCUUCCAGGAGGUGGAUGGCGUGGCCACCACCCGCUACAGCAUUGGCGGCCUCAGUCCUUUCUCGGAGUACGCCUUCCGCGUGCUGGCGGUGAAUAGCAUCGGGCGAGGGCCGCCCAGUGAGGCGGUGCGGGCGCGCACAGGGGAGCAGGCUCCCUCCAGCCCCCCGCGCCGCGUGCAGGCACGCAUGCUGAGUGCCAGCACCAUGCUGGUGCAGUGGGAGCCACCCGAGGAGCCCAACGGCCUGGUGCGGGGCUACCGCGUCUACUACACCCCCGACUCCCGCCGCCCCCUGAGCGCCUGGCAUAAGCACAACACGGAUGCCGGGCUCCUCACCACCGUGGGCAGCCUGCUGCCCGGCAUCACCUACAGCCUGCGUGUGCUGGCCUUCACUGCCGUGGGCGACGGCCCCCCAAGCCCCACCAUCCAGGUCAAGACGCAGCAGGGAGUGCCUGCCCAGCCCGCGGACUUCCAGGCCGAGGCGGACUCGGACACCAGGAUCCAGCUCUCGUGGCUGCUGCCCCCGCAGGAGCGGAUCAUCAAGUAUGAGCUAGUGUACUGGGCGGCAGAGGACGAGGGCCAGCAGCACAAGGUGACCUUCGACCCCACCUCCUCCUACACACUAGAGGACCUGAAGCCUGACACGCUGUACCGCUUCCAGCUGGCUGCCCGCUCUGAGAUGGGGGUGGGCGUCUUCACCCCCACCAUUGAGGCUCGCACAGCACAGUCUACCCCCUCCGCCCCUCCCCAGAAGGUGACGUGUGUGAGCGUGGGCUCCACCACAGUCCGGGUAAGUUGGGUCCCACCGCCAGCCGACAGCCGCAACGGCGUUAUCACCCAGUACUCAGUGGCCUACGAGGCGGUGGACGGCGAGGACCGCGGGCGGCACGUGGUGGACGGCAUCGGCCGCGAGCACUCCAGCUGGGACCUGGUGGGCCUGGAGAAGUGGACGGAGUACCGGGUGUGGGUGCGGGCGCACACAGACGUGGGCCCCGGCCCCGAGAGCAGCCCGGUUCUGGUGCGCACCGACGAGGACGUGCCCAGCGGGCCACCGAGGAAGGUAGAGGUGGAGCCACUGAACUCCACGGCGGUGCACGUCUCCUGGAAGCUGCCUGUCCCCAGCAAGCAGCAUGGCCAGAUCCGCGGCUACCAGGUCACCUAUGUGCGGCUGGAGAAUGGCGAGCCCCGGGGCCCCCCCAUCAUCCAGGACGUCAUGCUGGCCGAGGCCCAGGAAACCACCAUCAGUGGCCUGACCCCGGAGACCACCUACUCCAUUACUGUUGCCGCCUACACCACCAAGGGAGAUGGUGCCCGCAGCAAGCCCAAAAUUGUCACGACCACAGGGGCAGUCCCAGGCCGGCCCACCAUGAUGGUCAGCACCACGGCCAUGAACACUGCGCUGCUCCAGUGGCACCCACCCAAGGAGCUGCCUGGUGAGCUGUUGGGCUACCGGCUGCAGUACCGCCGAGCCGACGAGGCGCGGCCCAACACCAUCGACUUCGGCAAGGACGACCAGCACUUUACAAUCACUGGCCUGCACAAAGGGGCCACCUACAUCUUCCGGCUUGCUGCCAAGAACCGGGCCGGCCCAGGCGAGGAGUUUGAGAAGGAGAUCACGACCCCUGAGGACGUGCCCAGCGGUUUCCCCCAAAACCUGCGUGUGAUAGGGCUGACCACGUCUACCACGGAACUGAGCUGGGACCCCCCGGUGCUGGCGGAGAGGAAUGGGCGCAUCACCAACUACACCGUGGUGUACCGUGACAUCAACAGCCAGCAGGAGCUGCAGAACAUCACUGCCGAGACCCACCUGACACUCUCAGGCCUCAGGCCAGACACCACGUAUGACGUCAAGGUCCGUGCACGCACCAGCAAAGGCGCCGGCCCACUCAGCCCCAGCAUCCAGUCCCGGACCAUGCCCGUGGAGCAAGUGUUUGCCAAGAACUUCAGAGUGGCGGCUGCCAUGAAGACAUCUGUGCUGCUCAGCUGGGAGGUCCCCGAUUCCUACAAGUCAGCUGUACCCUUCAAGAUUCUGUACAAUGGGCAGAGUGUGGAGGUGGACGGGCACUCCAUGCGGAAGCUGAUUGCAGACCUGCAGCCGAACACAGAGUACUCGUUUGUGCUGAUGAACCGCGGCAGUAGUGCAGGGGGCCUGCAGCACCUCGUGUCCAUCCGCACGGCCCCUGACCUCCUUCCACACAAGCCGCUGCCAGCCUCUGCCUACAUCGAGGAUGGCCGCUUCACGCUCUCCAUGCCCCAUGUGCAGGACCCCUCACUGGUCAGGUGGUUCUACAUCAUGGUGGUGCCCAUUGACCGUGUGGGAGGGAGCAUGCUGACGCCCCGGUGGAGCACACCCGAGGAGCUGGAGCUGGAUGAGCUUCUGGAGGCCAUCGAGCAGGGUGACACGGAGCAGCAGCGGCGGCGGCGGCGGCGGCGGCAGGCAGAGCGGCUGAAGCCCUAUGUGGCCGCUCAGGUGGAUGUGCUCCCUGAUACCUUCACCCUGGGGGACAAGAAGAGCUACCGGGGAUUCUAUAACCGGCCCCUGUCUCCGGACCUCAGCUACCAGUGCUUUGUGCUCGCCUCCCUGAAGGAACCCGUGGACCAGAAGCGCUAUGCCUCCAGCCCUUACUCCGAUGAGAUCGUGAUCCAGGUGACACCAGCCCAGCAGCAGGAGGAGCCCGAGAUGCUGUGGGUGACGGGCCCUGUCCUGGCGGUCAUCCUUAUCAUCCUCAUUGUUAUUGCCAUCCUCCUGUUCAAGAGGAAAAGGACCCACUCUCCAUCGUCCAAGGAUGAGCAGUCAAUUGGGCUGAAGGACUCCUUGCUGGCCCAUUCCUCCGACCCCGUGGAGAUGCGGAGGCUCAACUACCAGACCCCAGGUAUGCGAGACCACCCGCCCAUCCCCAUCACUGAUCUGGCAGACAACAUCGAGCGCCUCAAAGCCAACGAUGGCCUCAAGUUCUCCCAAGAAUACGAGUCCAUUGACCCUGGACAACAGUUCACAUGGGAGAAUUCAAACCUGGAGGUGAACAAGCCCAAGAACCGCUACGCCAAUGUCAUUGCCUACGACCACUCUCGAGUCAUCCUUACCUCCAUCGAUGGUGUCCCGGGGAGUGACUACAUCAAUGCCAACUACAUCGACGGCUACCGCAAGCAGAAUGCCUACAUUGCCACGCAGGGCCCGCUGCCCGAGACCAUGGGUGAUUUCUGGCGGAUGGUGUGGGAGCAGCGCACAGCCACUGUGGUCAUGAUGACGCGGCUGGAGGAGAAGUCCCGGGUGAAGUGUGAUCAGUACUGGCCGGCUCGUGGCACCGAGACCUACGGCCUCAUUCAGGUGACCCUUUUGGACACAGUGGAGCUGGCCACGUACACUGUGCGCACCUUUGCGCUCCACAAGAGCGGCUCCAGUGAGAAGCGGGAGCUGCGUCAGUUCCAGUUCAUGGCCUGGCCAGACCACGGAGUUCCCGAAUACCCAACCCCCAUCCUGGCCUUCCUGCGUCGGGUCAAGGCCUGCAACCCGCUGGACGCGGGGCCCAUGGUGGCGCACUGCAGCGCGGGCGUGGGCCGCACGGGCUGCUUCAUCGUCAUCGAUGCCAUGCUGGAGCGGAUGAAGCACGAGAAGACGGUGGACAUCUACGGCCACGUGACGUGCAUGCGGUCUCAGCGGAACUACAUGGUGCAGACCGAGGACCAGUAUGUGUUCAUCCACGAAGCGUUGCUGGAGGCCGCCACAUGUGGACACACAGAGGUGCCCGCCCGCAACCUCUAUGCCCACAUCCAGAAGCUGGGCCAAGUGCCUCCUGGGGAGAGUGUGACUGCCAUGGAGCUCGAGUUCAAGCUGCUGGCCAGCUCCAAGGCCCACACAUCCCGCUUCAUCAGCGCCAACUUGCCCUGCAACAAAUUCAAGAACCGCCUGGUGAACAUCAUGCCCUAUGAACUGACCCGUGUGUGUCUGCAGCCCAUCCGCGGCGUGGAGGGCUCUGACUACAUCAAUGCCAGCUUCCUGGAUGGCUAUAGACAGCAGAAGGCCUACAUAGCCACACAGGGGCCUCUGGCAGAGAGCACCGAGGACUUCUGGCGCAUGCUUUGGGAGCACAACUCCACCAUCAUCGUCAUGCUGACCAGGCUUCGGGAGAUGGGCAGGGAGAAAUGCCACCAGUACUGGCCCGCAGAGCGCUCUGCUCGCUACCAGUACUUUGUUGUUGACCCGAUGGCUGAGUACAACAUGCCCCAGUAUAUCCUGCGUGAGUUCAAGGUCACAGAUGCCCGGGAUGGGCAGUCGAGGACAAUCCGGCAGUUCCAGUUCACAGACUGGCCGGAGCAGGGUGUGCCCAAAACGGGCGAGGGCUUCAUCGACUUCAUUGGGCAGGUGCACAAGACCAAGGAGCAGUUUGGGCAGGACGGGCCCAUCACGGUGCACUGCAGUGCCGGUGUGGGCCGCACCGGGGUGUUCAUCACACUGAGCAUCGUUCUGGAGCGGAUGCGCUAUGAGGGCGUGGUUGACAUGUUCCAGACCGUGAAGACCCUACGCACACAGCGCCCAGCCAUGGUGCAGACAGAGGACCAGUACCAGCUGUGCUACCGCGCGGCCCUGGAGUACCUCGGCAGCUUUGACCACUAUGCAACGUAACUACCGCCCCCUCUCCUCCGCCGCCCCCACCUGGGGGCACUGGAGGGGACCCAGCUCCUCUGAGCCAUACCGACCAUCGUCCAGCCCCCCUGCAUGGAUGCUGUUGCUGGCAGAGCACAGCCCACUGGGAUCACAGCGUUUCAGGAACAUUGCCACACCAAAUGGAGAGCCCAGAACUCCCCCAGGCAAGGGGGUGGGCCGGGCAGGCAGGCGCCCGGCCGUCUCUGUCCACCAAGCCCGCCCCAGAGCCACUUUGAGCUCUCUGUUCCGCUGCCGCGUUUCUCAUGCUUCUCGUGGGGGGGAUGGGAGCAAAGCCUCCUUUUUUAUACAUUGAGUGGGGUAGACAGGGAUUCUAGCCUCUUCCCUCUGACUUUUCCUUUUGCAAAUUCUUAACUGCAGAAUGGGCUGCUGUGGGGGUUGGGGUGUAGUUUUCUGUUUAGUUCAUUCUGGAUCCUUUUUUGUAUGACUCUUACUGCUGAAGGACGGAGCGUGCCUUCCUCGUGUGUGUGGAGCUGGGGCCGCCAGCCUGAGCGGAGGCAUCGCUGAUCCGGCUGCUCUUCCAGCCCGUCAGACGAGAUCCUGUUUCAGCCAAAUGCAGGGAAACAAUUUUUUUUUUUAAAGUUCUGUCGUGUUUUUCCUUGAGAGCCUUAUUUUAGGCCCCACAGUGGUGGGCGGGGAGGAGAUAGGAAACGCUCACCCCCAGUCGUCUAUUCCAGUGUGUGUUUAACAUUCACAGCGCAGAACCACAGACGUGUCUGGGGCAGCCGGGCAAGGCGUUCCUCAUCACCAUUGUGUUUGCAAAGGUUAAAAAUAAAGCAAAGACAAAAAAACAAACAAACAAAAAAUUAAAAAAAAAAAAAAAGAAAACCCAAGAAAAAAAGAGAGUCAUCCCCUGGCUGUGCAUCAGACCUCCAAGAGGGGAGGUGGCUCUGUGCUCCUGGGCUUCCCGGGGAGCUGCUGGGCUGACCUCUGGGCCCGUGGAGCCUGGAUUUUGUCCCCAGCAUUGCAGUGUGGCGUGGUGUCGGUUGGCUGUGGGUCUGGCCGUGGGGCCAAGGUGAUCAGUGCUGGCCGGGGUGUGUGCCAUGCCCCCCCCACCUCAGGGCCAAGCAGGGGUGCAGCUGGCCCUUCAGGUCCAGGCCAGUGGGCCUGGUAGCACAUAUCUGCCCCCAGAGUAGGGCCAGAUGACUUCCCUCCCUGGUUUGCAGCUGUUUUGCAAAGCCCCUGAGAAUCGCUCUUUUCCACUCCUUCGAGAUGCCCUCAUAAACCAAUGUGACAAGACUACUGGACUUCUCUCAAUGGUACUAUAAUCAAUCCUUAUUAUCUCGGCUUGCUGGGGGCAGGGAGAGGGCCUCUUCCUCUGGGCAGCACUAUCUAGAUAGGUAAGUGGGGGCGGGAAGGGUGUAUAGCUGUUUUAGCCGAGGGGCGCGAGGUGGACAUCCCCAGGUUAGCUAGGCUGUCAAGAUCAACAAUCCAGGGUUGGUAAUGUUGAAUGAGACAUUCAUUUUUACCUUGUGGAUGCUAGUGCUGUAGAGUUCACUGUUGUACACAGUCUGUUUUCUAUUUGUUAAGAAAACUACAGCAUCAUUGCAUAAUUCUUGAUGGUAAUAAAUUUGAAUAAUCAGAUUUCUUA